AUGGCACCCACCCCCACUAUUCAAAAUUCCAUCCCCGUCCGGUAUGAUCCACGAGUUGUGGUCAAACCUUGCGAGCCUGACCGCGUUCCACAUCUGCCCGGAGAUAUCCUCUAUAUGAUUGCCCAGGCACUCCCUCAGCCGAAGCAGGUCUUCAAUCUGGCACUGGCGAGUAAAGAUACAUGGUAUCACCUACAGCCCGCAUUGUAUGAGUGCGAAGUGACCUAUGAGGCCAGGCUUGCACACAGAUACGAUAUUGAAUUCAGGGUAUUCAAAGCCACAGUUCCCGUACGGUAUAAACCAUACCACAUUGCUGGGGCGAUGACGGCCCUGCACUGGGCGUCCACCCGCGGCGCCUCGGCGCUGCCUGUCGCCCAGAGGGCAAUACAGGCAGCCUUGGUGCACCAGCCAUCCUACAUCAACGGCCUGGACCUGAUCCGACGCGCUUAUUACCUACAGGAGGAUAUCCCACGGCGCACCAGGCGAACAUUCGGAGACCACCCGCCCCCCUUGUUCAUCGCCCUGGCACACGGCAACCUCGAGCUGUUCCAGGCGCUGGUCGACGCCGGCGCCGACCUCAGCCUCACCCUGGGGCGGAUGGAGUAUUAUCAUUGCAGCCGUGAUAUAUCCAAGAUACACUCGCGGUGCGCCGCCUCCUGGCCCUUCGAAACGGUACCGGGCGCCUGCAUGUUUGGUGAUCCGAUUGCCGGCUAUGAAGAGCCUCACUACCCUACCGUGUGCCAGACGAUAGGCCACCUCGCGAUAGAGCUCGGGCAGACGGAAGUGCUGGAGAUGCUGCUCCGGAAGGGGCUGGAUCACCAGCAGACGGUGUGCCCCCUAUUGCAUCACGCAGUGCUGCAUGGGAGCCUGCCUGCCAUGAAAGCCAUCCUGGCCCGCGACCCGGGUGCUGUUCAUGGUUAUUACAGGGACAAGACGGUCCUGCACAUGCUGCCUUGGACGAAACCUAUGGCCGAUGCCGAAAUCUAUGAAAGGAAACUUGAAAGUAUGGCUUCGUGUCUUUUCGAACACGGUAUCAGUCCAGGGGCUCCAGCGAGGAGAUACGAAUCAGCCGGGUUCAGAAACAUUGGAGGCGACACAGCCCUAGAUGAGGCUCUCAAGUGCCUCGCGAGCUUUGAGGCCAAGGAAUGUGGGCACCGUGCCGCCAUAGGUCAAUGGUCAGUCAACAUCCUCGUCGGGCAUGGUUCGAGCUGGCUGCCGGGCGAUGCAGCGAACGCACACUUAGAACAUGUCAGACGCGGUAUCCUGUUUGCCUGUAUCAAGAAUAUUGUUUUGGUAAAAUGUUGGCCCGGGUGGUAUCAUAACAAUAGCGCCCUUUGGAAUUCGGACUUUGAUGCCACGCGGAUUCGUAACAACCGGAUGUUUUGGGGACGGACGUGCCAGGCCCUUAUCAGACAGGCGUCCGAGGCCUUGGCACGGGAUGCCGGUGGCCACGGCACGGAAGCCAUCCGAGAGAUACUUCACACGGGGUUCCGCGUCAUGGUUGAUACGGUGGAUCAAAAAUGGCAGCAAGCGGGCAUCGUCGGCUGGUGGGCACUAGAGGCCUUGGGCAAUUUGUUCCUGUCCACUGGGAUGGAGCUAUGUGGUGAAACAAAGCGUGCGUGGGAUAGGAUCUUGAAGAGAGAUUACAAGGAUCCGGCCGAUUUGCCCGAGUGGAUGCGGCCGGGCGUCGGAUUGCCCGGGUCGAUUAAGAAAUGCGAAGAACUGGACGGAGACAAGAGCGACUGGGCCUUUCUCCUGGAAGGCACUACCUUCAAGAAUCCUGAGGGCACCUUUCCUCCUUGUGACCAUGACCACAUGUACACUUUCUAG